GUGUCUAUGGAGGAAGCUAUCGAACAAGCGAAACGCGCGUUCGCGCUGAGGAAAUACGAACAGUCCGUCGACCAUUAUGCUACUGUUCUUGAACUGGCCACGGAGAGGUACGGUGAGAAGGGCCCGGAGAUGGCGGACCUAUAUUUCGCUUACGGAAAGGCACUCCUGGAGAACGCAAUCGCACAGAGCUCAGUGCUAGGGAAGGAGCAAGCUGAGGAAGCAGCGCGUCCAGUGGCUGAAGGUUCAGAGGCGGCUGGUCCGGGCAAAUUUCUCUCCUUCUCUGGCGAUGCCGAAGAUGACGCAGAGCCGAUCGUGCCCGGAAGUAAAGAGGACGUCCCUGUAGAUCUCUUCGGUGAGGCGCGGAAGGCCGCCGAGCAGGAGGAAGAAGAGGAAGAGGAGGAGGAGGAGGAGGGCGAAGAUGCGGAGCCUGAAGAUGACUUCAACGCAGCAUGGGAAGUGCUCGACCUCGCACGCGCCAUCUACGAGAAGCAGCAAGAGGAGAGCGAUGAGGUGAAGCUCAAGCUCGCGGACACCUUCCUCGCGCUCGGCGACGUGUCACUUGAGACGGAGAAGUUUGAGCAAGCAAUCGCCGACUACAGCCAGGCUCUCGCGCUCAAGGUCGACCUCCUCCCUCGGUCCUCCCGUCAGAUCGCGGAGGCACAUUAUAAACUCAGCAUCGUGCUGGAUCUCACCUCGGGCCGCCUGAGCGACGCGAUCACACAUGCGGAGCGCGCACUUGAUAGCGUGGAGGCGAGGCUGGCAGAGUUGCGGGAUGCGCUCAGUGGCCAGGGCAAGGUGCAGGUCGUUGUUGCCGAGACAGCGGAUCCGAAGGGCAAAGGCAAAGCCAAGGGUCCCAGGUUGCUGGGUGAUGACGCGGUCCAUAGUUUGACCCAGAGUCAAAUGGAGGCCGAGGUCAAGGAAUUGCGGGGCUUGAAGGAAGACUUAGCGCUCAAGGUCGAAGAGCUUAAGACAUCACCUGAAGAAGACGCAGAAUCCGCGCCCGCUAUGGUUGCGAGGGCCCUCGACGGCGAGCUUAACACCAAGAAGCCGUCUGCCCCUGCUCCCCAGGUGGUAAAUGACCUGACGUCGAUGGUAAAGAAGAAGAAAAAGGACCCGGAGGCGAAUGGCACCGCCAAACGCAAAGCCGAGGAAGACCUACUCCCCUCCACGCCGUCAGAAAAGAAAGCUAAGGUUCAAGGCUCGUAAUGAGCAGGCUCCUCUUUCGUCGGGUCGGUCGUACGGUCUCAUCCUACUGUAUCGUUACACACACUGUCUCCUUGCUUAUGCAUAAUGCCUGGGUAGGUACUUUCUGCUCCGCUAUCGCACGUU